AAUCAGCAGCCUCCUCUUCUCUGUGGGCUGCAGGGGCUGAUGGGAGUUUUGGUUCCUCUGCUAGAAACCAGGUGGCCCUGGUCUGAUCUCACAGCUCGUCCUUGUUUGGCCUCAGCUGCAUCAGAGCGCCACUUCUCCCCAGGUUCACCAGAGGAAACACCACUGCACACAAUGCUUUUCCUCCCAGCUGCUGCUCUGUGCUGGCUGGGUUCAGCGCUGGCUGCCAUGGCAACACAGCUGGUUCAGGACCAGUUAAGUCUGACCAGGACAACCGGGCAGAGCGUCUCCUUCAGCUGUGGAGGAACGGAUCAGUGUAGAUAUGGAUGGCCUGUAGUCUGGUACCAGAAGAAUGAAACAGAAACAUACAGAGCUAUUCUGUAUAUCGACAUUGGUGAUAGCCCAGAAAAACCUUAUAAUCAUCCUCAACAAGAUGAUUUCUCAGCUGAGAGAAAUGAGAACAGCUGUAAACUGAAGAUCAACAAAGUUAAACUGGAUCAUUCAGCCUCCUAUUACUGCAGCUGUUAUUCUGAUUCCCACAGAUUCUCAUAUCUCUUUGGUUCUGGUACCAAACUUCAUGUAACCGAUGAUCCGGUAGUGAAGCCCAGGGUGAGCGUGUACCCAGCAGCAUCCAGCGCCCAGCGGGGCCCGAGGGCCUUCCUGCUGUGUCUGGCCUCAGACAUGUUUCCUCCUGAGGUCCAGUUCUCCUGGAAAAGACUGGAGGACGGUACAGAGAAGGAUCUGACCUCUGCAGAGCAGCUGGAGCUCAGAGAGCCGAACCGCACCGCCUCCCUCUUACUGGUGGAUCGGGAUCCUGUCAGCACAUCUAGAUACCGCUGCUCUGUGCAGCAUGAGGGGGGCCCAGUGGAGGCCCCAGCAACACAAGAGCUUCCAGCUGCAGCUUCCUGUCCUCCACAGACGGCAGACCAGGAUCUGCAGCAACACGACUUGUCCUUCCAGUCCCAGUGCCGGGUGAAGCUGCUCUGCCUGCUCUACUCGCUGCUGAUAGUGAAGAGUCUGGUGUACUGCUGUGGCCUCCCUCUGCUGAUGGCCCUCAGGAACAAGGGCCCGGCCCCCAGAUGAACUGUCUGCUGCUGCAGCUUCUCCUGCCAGGAUGCAUGAACUCAGGAUUUUAUUAAUCACUGAAAAUCAUUUAUUCAGUUUAGCUUCAUUUUAAUUAGUUCUGUAGCUUCUUUGUUUUAAUAAUGUCAGAUAUUCUCAACCAAUCAGAAAUCAGAACAAUCUGCUAAAUCAGUUCCAGCACAUUUAACUGACUUAUAUAAAAGUUUAGUUUUUAGAAUAUUUUGUUAUUAUUCUAAACAUUUAUGCUGAAACUCAUGAAGAAGAAAUAAUAUGCUUUGAGAAAACAUUUAUAUUCAUGUUUGUUUAAAAUCAUUUCUGUCAAAUUUGUGUUGUAAAGAUUUAAAAACUCUGAACUUGUCCAAAUGUUUUUUCUACAGUUAUUACUUAAAUAUGCAUUUUGUUUUUGCUCUGAAUAAAUCCUGCGA